CGUCACUCCAAUACCGUCAUCAUCAUCAUAGCCGGAGCCGCUGCGAGGUCUAAGCUGCCGACAGCGUUGUUCUUGUGCCGCAGUUGUCUCCUGGUCCGCCGUUGCCCUCUACACUCUUGUCUCUUCCCACCACGUUCCCCCGCCUCCCGAACUCUCGCAACCCUCUCAAGCGCCUCUACCAAACUCACUAUUUCAACAUCGUUACCCGCGCCAGCCCUCGACUUGUGUCGUACAGCAUACCUUCUUCACCCGAUCAGACGCGAUUCGCCAGCUCCCAAUGCCGCCGCGUAUGCAACAGAAUGCGAAGUCGAAGGAGGUCCGCGACGUGGAGCUGGACACCGGAGGGGGCCUGAAUGUGCGGCCGACGAACUACCCGACGUUCAGCAUCGGCAUCGCGAAUGAGAAGGGUGGCCGGAAGACGAUGGAGGACGCGCACUCCUUUGUCGCCGACUUUGACAAUAUUCGCGGACAGGGCUCCUUUGCGGUCUUCGAUGGACACGCUGGCAAGCAGGCCGCGGAGUGGUGCGGGGAUAACUACCAUCAGUAUCUGCUCAACGCGCUGCACCACAUGCCGGACCAACCCAUACCAGAUGUCCUCAAUCAGACCUUCCACGACGUAGACGAACAGCUUACAAAGCUCACGGACGAGUCAGAAGGCAAGAACCACUCCGGAUGCACUGCCGUCACCGCAUUCCUGCGGCUCGAAGACGCUGAGGGCAAGCAGUCCUUCCUCGAGCACUGCCCAUCGCAGCCGCAAUCCCCCUCGCCACCCGUACCGGACACGGACUCGCCGCCGUCUACCAGGAGCGAAGGCGAGCUCGAUGACGCGAGUCUACAUGACAGCGGCAGCGAGAGCCCGACAAUCACCGUAUCGAGCGAGGACCUCGGUCCAAGCCCGAAGGUCGCCAAGAAGAAGAAAAAGGGCAGCGCGAGCCGGAUCCGGAGCGCGCUCAAGUCGAUUGGCGGCGGCGCGUCGAAGGCGAUCAAGUCGUCCCCGGCAAUAUCGAGGAAAGCGUCGUUCGAGAAGCCGAAGCCGGCGCGCCUCCCGCCACCCGAUGUGAGGCGAGUGCUGUAUAGCGCGAAUGUUGGCGACGCGCGCGGUGUUCUGUGUCGUGGAGAGCGCGCGGUGCGCCUGACGUACGACCACAAGGGUUCGGAUAGGAUGGAGGCACAACGUAUCAUGGAUGCCGGUGGCUUCGUCAUGAGCGGCCGCGUGAACGGCGUGCUCGCUGUGACGAGAAGUCUGGGCGAUUCCUCGAUGAAGGACUUCGUUGUUGGCGCGCCCUAUACCACCGAGACUGAGUUGUCUGAAGAAGACCAGUUCUUGAUCAUGGCUUGCGAUGGGCUCUGGGAUGUUGUAUCCGAUCAGCUGGCGGUCGACCUCGUCCUGGGCAAAGUCGCAGAAGAAGGCGACCAGAAACCGCGUUCAGACCCCAUAGACGCCCAGGAGGCGGCAGAGAAGCUCGUCAAGUACGCGCUUCGGAAUCACACUCUGGACAAUAUCACUGUGGUCGUUAUCGUCUUCAAGAAGCCUGCGGCUCCUCCAGUUCCAGCCUCAGCAUAGGAUUCGCAGGAACCAUAAUGCGAAGGAUGCAACCAUAAUGUGGAUCGGGGGGAUAAUAAGAUACGGACGUGCUCUACUGUACGACUGGGUACUAAUUACAUAGUGCGGUGCAUCUACGAAUAUUGCUGUUCUGCUUGACGACAAGGUUUUGUGAAUACGAUAGAUAUCUGAUACGUGGUGGGAAUACAAAUGAUAGUCUCCGUAUCGGGCGAUGCCUUUGUUGCCUGUGUAUGGUAGCAGUGCACGUGUGAUCUGGAAGUACAGAUAC